GUAACCACUGACCUACAGUUAUCCUUAAACUUUCGUGCUUGGGACAAGGGGCGGAACGACCUCUCGAUCUACUUACUGCAGCCCAGGAAUAAAAACGUCCGUCUAGGCCUUCCCUCUUGCUCCGAUCCCCCCUACGCCUAG